GGAAAUGAUCGAUGCGAUCUUCCAAUGGAUGACCAGCCUCGGUUGCAUUGACACCUCCAAGGUCUUCGCAGGUGGUUUCAGCUAUGGGGGCACCAUCGUUCAAGACUUGGCCUGCGUGAGAAGCUGGCAGUUCCGGGGCCUUGCGCCCGAUGUCGCACCGGGCGAUUACACAGACCGGGGCCUCCUGCAUCUGGGGGACUGCAAGAAUGCCACGCCAGUGACUUAUAUUAGCUUUUGCGGAACUGGAGACAUCUCACAUUGCUAUUUAAACAGCAUUGCAAAAGCCGAAACCGUUGCCAAACAGACUCACUGCAGCCGCAGUGAACUUCGGCGCAAAUCGGCCACUGUAAACUGCACAGUUUGGAGCGGCUGCCACGCCGGACACAUAGUGGAAAGCUGCAUGGUGUAUCGUAUGGACCAUGAGAUACCAGGGCGUGUUGCGCCAGAUGGCACCAGUUUUCUGCAUCCAGGAUCAGAUUUGGAUUACACCAAGUACGUCUUCGAAAAGUUCUCACUACAGGUGGCAUCGGAUCAACUUCGUUUCUAUGGCCACCCAACACGGGCGGAGGAAGAUUGGAAACAGGAAGUGUGGCCACCAAACAAGAUGUAUGACAGCAUGUAUUUGCGGACAGCGUUGGCGACACAGGGGUUACAGACCCUGCCAAAUCAGAGGGUGUCCAUAACAUCCACUAUUGAGUAUGAGGGCUAGUGGCUCAGCUUGGAAGUGCCAUGCACCCAAAGCUGCUUGCAAGCCUUUUUUUUGCGGCGUCGAUGUUCUCCAAUGCUUGAGCUUUCGGAACCAUUAGAAACGUGUUGGACACCAUUUGGUCGCCAGACCAUUGCCAAUCAACUUGAUGACAAAUCUUGAGAAUGCUAUGGACAAAGCUUCGACCUGCGAGAAAAGAGG